AUUUGGAAAUAUAACAGACAAGUCAGAGGCAUGCAUUUGAGUUUUAUUCCGUAGCUUAUAUUCUAAUUCCUCGUAAGAUUAAAAUCUCAAAGACAACCACUACACUGGAGUUGAGUUUUAUUACGUAAUCGAUGAUGUAUAGUUCCUCCUCAACCUAAGCCUGUAUAUCUUUCUUUAUUAUUUGAGGUAAAACUCAACUUAUCACUAUAUAUCUGUCUUAUUCUUUUUUAUAAUUACUAUAAUACAUAGAGUGUCAAAUUUUUUAGACCAUAUCUUUUCACCUCAAUAACUUAGAUUAUAAAAUUUGCCUUCAUGCAAUUCAGGGCGUUCUCAGCACCUUCGUUCUCUACUGUUUUAUUCAUCCAUUUAUAAUUGUAAUUCUUAUUUGUGAUUGAGUGUUAUAAAUUUAGACGGCUCUCCACCAAUACAGAACACACAACCUCUUCAUAUAUUUUAUCACUCGCUUCAAUAUCCUGAAGUCAAAGUAAAAAAAAAUGGAAAAGUCUCAACUUCAUGAUUGGCAUGUUCACAAAGUAAGGGCAUUCCUUAACAGAAGUUAUGCCUUAUUACAUAUCCUGGCCACUGCACCAAUUUUCUACUUGAGAGCUGCCUAUUUUUUUGGUCAUGCCGGUAAUGUGGUGCCUUUGCUCCCAUGGCUUCUGGUAUCUGCUGCUGAGAUCCUUUUCUUUUUCUCCUGGAUCCUCAAGCUAUCCUACUACUGGCGUCCUCUCACUCGGACAGUCUUUCCCGAGAAUCUGCCCGUGGAUGAGGAACUGCCCAAAAUCGACGUUUUUGUAUGCACUGCUGACCCUAUCAGAGAGCCUACAUUUGAUGCUAUGAAUACAGUUAUAUCUGCAAUGUCAUUGGAUUACCCUGCUCAUAAAUUAAGUGUUUAUGUAUCUGAUGAUGGAGGUGCUUCUGUCACUUUGGAUGCUAUGAAACAUGCUUGGGUCUUUGCAACUUGGUGGUUACCAUUUUGUAAGAGAUAUAAUAUUCUACCAAUUUCUCCUAAAGCUUUUUUUCAACAACAUUUCCAACAACCAUCUCACAACACUCAUUUUAUUCAAGAUUCUAAGCUACUUAAGGAGAAGUAUGAGGAAUUCGAGGAACGAGUGCUCAGCUGGAAGGAAAGACGAGGUGAUGUUAAUGAGAACAACGCUAAGAGAAGUGCUCAAGAUCAUUCACCAAUUAUUCAGGUGAUAAAUGAGAGUUUUGUAGGAGAUGAUGACAAUUCUGCAACAACAAAUCCAGAAAACAUAGAAAUGCCCUUCCUUGUGUAUGUAGCUCGUGAGAAACGACCUUCUCAUCACCAUCACUUCAAGGCCGGAGCUCUUAAUGUUCUGCAAAGGGUUUCCAGCAUAUUCAGCAAUGCUCCUUACAUACUGGUCCUAGACUGUGACAUGUACUGUAACGAUUCAAAUUCAGCUCGGCAAGCUAUGUGUUUUUAUGUUGAUCCUGAGAUAAACCGUUCAAUAGCUUGGGUUCAAUUCCCUCAGAAAUUUCAUAACAUUAAUGAAAAGGACAUUUAUGAUAGUCAGCUGAGAGCAUCAUGGCCUAUAAUCUAUCCAGGGACUGAUGGAAUUCAAGGACCAAUACUAUCUGGUACUAAUUUUUACAUCAACAGGAAGGCCUUGUACGGCUUUAACAUCUCUGCAGCAGGUAAUGACAACAUAAAUGAGCUCAGACAUACUUUUGGUUCUUCAAAUCUGCUCAUCAAAUCUCUUAGCCAAAUUGAUGAGCCUGAGUAUCCAAGGAAACUUUCCUCUGAUUAUCUACAAGAGGCUCAAUUCUUAGCUACUUGUGUCUACGAAGAGGAGACACAGUGGGGUAAAAAGGUUGGUUUUCGAUAUGACACAGUGGUCGAAGAUGUGAUGACGGGUUAUAUAUUGCACAGCAAAGGAUGGAAGUCAGUUUACUUAAAUCCACCAAGUCCACAGUUCUUAGGUUCUGCCACUACUAAUCUCAAUGAAGCAAUAAUUCAACAUUCGAGAUGGACUGCUGGCCUUCUUCAACUUGGUCUAUCCAAUUAUUUCCCUCUUUUUAACACUUCAACCAGAAUGCUAAUCCUUCAGAAGUUGAUUUAUUCUUGGAUCGUCCUUUAUCCUCUUGACUUCCUGCCCAUUUCGUGUUUUGCUAUCAUUCAACCACUUUGUCUCUUCUAUGGCAUCCCUUUGUACCCCAAGAUUUCAGACCCAUUCUUCAUACCAUUUGCCUUUGUAUUUAUAUCAUCACAUUUGAGGCCUCUAUAUGAGGCUUUUUCAUGUGGAGGCUCAAUAAAUUUAUGGUUGAACACGCAAAGGAUUGUGCUGAUAAAGGGUCUUACAUCCUAUGUUUAUGGUACUCUUGACUGUGUUAUGGGAAAGUUGGGGAUUCGGGAGACAAGCUUCAUGCCUACCAAUAAAGCCGGAGAUGAUGAUACAAGUAAAUGGUACCUAAAUGGGAAGUAUGACUUUAGAACAUCGAACAUGUUUCUUGUUCCAAUUGUUACAGCAGUUACCUUGAAUCUUUCUUCCUUUGUUGCUGGAGUUGCAAGAGCGAUAGUCACUCAGAGUUGGGAUACACUGUUUGCUCAAGCAUUCUUCUCAUUUUACAUAUUCAUCAUCAGUCUUCCUGUGAUUGAAGGCAUGCUGUUAAGGAAGGACAAAGCACGUAUUCCUGUUUCGACUACUUUGAAAUCAACUCUAUUGUCCUGGUUCGUCUUGAGUUUAGGAUACUUGAUCCUGUUAAGGCAUUAAUGGAAAAGGUUUACCCAUAUGCAGCCGUAUACAUGAUGCCUUGUCUUUUUUUAUUUUUAGUCUAUUCUUUUUGAUACGGUGUUAGAACUUCAAAGAAGAAGAUCAGAUACACUCUUUGGUUUAACGUACAAUUUACAUAUAUGACUACUUCGGUUGUUAAAUUAAGUUAUGGAGAAGUAUGACACCCUGCAUUUGAAUUCAAAAAGUAAACAAUACUGCA